AUGGGCCGUCGCCCCCGCUCUGGUGGGGAGAACGAAGACAACAAGAGCCUGGGAGGAGACGAUGAGGGUAAAGACGAGGAAUGGGGUGGUAGCAAGAACAAUGAUAAGAAUGACGAGGGAGACGAAAAGAAGGACGAGGGAGACGAAAAGAAGGACGAGGGAGACGAAAAGAAGGAUGAGGGAGACGAAAAGAAGGACAAGGAAGACAACAAGAAGGACGAGGAGGACGACAAGGAGGACGAGAAAGACGGCAAGAAGGACGAUAAAGACGGCAAGAAGGACGAGAAAGACGACGGGAAGGAUGAGGAGGACAACCAAGAGAGCGUAUUGCAAGAGGAGAUUGCUGGUGAAGCUGCAAGUUGGGGCGGCACGGGAGAUGGUUUUUCUCUCGAAGACGGGACCGACCAUUUCUCAAAGGAUUCGCCACCGGCGUCAGCAUCAAAGUGCAACGUCCGUCGCAGGAGGAACUAG